AAAAAUGGCGAUUCUCAUUCUGUAACUACGUGACGCGUUGUGUGUUGUGUUUUAUACAAAUUUUUGUAAACUUUCAUUUUUUUACUACAAUAGUUUAGUAAAAAAAAGAAAAUAAUUUUUUCAAUUUCAAUUUGUUAAUUGUCGGUUUUUUUCGUAAAGAAAAUCGUGGCAAAAUGUCAAUUGGCGUGCCAAUAAAAGUACUUCACGAAGCCGAGGGACACAUUGUCACCUGUGAGACAAACACCGGCGAAGUUUAUCGUGGUAAAUUAAUUGAAGCCGAGGACAAUAUGAAUUGUCAAAUGCAAAAUAUCACCGUUACCUAUCGUGACGGACGUACGGCACAACUUGAAAAUGUUUACAUUCGCGGAUCAAAAAUGCGAUUUCUGAUACUGCCUGACAUGUUAAAGAAUGCUCCGAUGUUCAAGAGACCUGGUGGAAAGGGCUCGGGAACAGCGGGACGGGGAAAAUCGGCUAUUUUACGAGCUCAAGCGAGAGGAAGAGGUCGGGGUCAAAGUCAAAGAGGCAGGGGAACCGGAACUGCUCCUUGGUUGAAUCAACAAAAUCAAACUGGAGCUCCACAACCCGGACGGGGAAGAGGAUAAUAAAUUUUUAGCAUUAAUCAA